AGUCAGCCCGUGUUGGCAACUCCCCCCUCCAGUCCUUGCGCCCCGUCUUGGAAGCAGCGACAGAGACAAAGACCAACCAUGGCUGCAAGCCAAGUCGGCUCCAAGCUGGCGGUGUACGAAGGCCUGCUAGACGUACUGCUAGAUGACGAGAUGCAGCUUGUGGAGGCGAUUGUGUCGCAGAUGGACAUUUGCGACGCCGACAAGCUGGCCAAGAUCUUUGUGCACUGCUUCGAGUCGCGGGACAUGACGCUCCAGCUGCUGGAGCGGUCUGUGACGCGGGAGAUCGAAAAGACCGAGUACGCACAGGUUUUGUUCCGCGGCAACUCGCUGGCGUCCAAGAUGAUGACGGUGUACUCGCGGCUUGUGGGAACGCAGUACCUGCGGUCGACGCUGUGGCCGGUGAUGUCUGCCGUUGUGGAGAGCGAAACGUCAUUCGAGGUGGACCCUAACCGUGCGCGUGAUGGCGAAGACCUGACAGACAACUUGGGCAAGGUGCGGCAUCAUGUGGAGGCAUUUCUUGCGGCGAUUUUGGACUCGAUCGACUCGUGCCCGACGCCUCUGCGCAAGCUGUGUGCGGCGUUGAUGGCGAGCGUGGAUACCAAGUUCCCGGAAUCACACUUUAAGGUUGUGGGCGGGUACUUUUUCCUCCGCUACCUCUGCCCGGCGGUUGUGUCGCCGCCGGCGUACUCGCUGAUGGACUCGUUCCCCAAGAAGACAGCGCAUCGUGGGCUGGUGCUCAUUGCCAAGUCGCUACAGAACCUGGCGAAUAACGUGCCGUUCUCUGCCAACAAGGAGCGGUACUUGCUGGACAUGAACGACUUUAUCGAGGCCAACGUGGAGCGGCUCAACGAGUUUUUUGAGGCGCUGGCGACGGUCGACGACGAGGUCGAGCUCCCUCCGCCGGCGGACAUUGACGCGGCCAAGGCGCUGCAGGUCCGUGUUGAUCUGCAGCGGUACCUCUCGGCUAACUACGACAACAUUGUGGCUGCGCUGGAGAGUGGAUGCGGGGCUGAUGCGGCCGUGGUGGCUCAGUUUGCCGAUGUGAUGCAGACGCUGCAGCAGACGGUGGCAGCGGAGCAGAGCAAGGCGGCCAAGGCCAAGGGCGAGUCUGCGACGGAGCUUGACGGCGGUGGUGGCGACGACGAGGGCGGGAGCAGUGGCAACGACGGCCUUGUUCUCAACAUGGAGCUGGAGUGGACAGAGAAGCCGCGCGAUGCGGUGGCAAUCACGCGCGACCUACUGUCGCGGCUGAAGAACAUGGCCGAGUCUGCAGUCAAUGAUCUGGUGCUCUCGUCGCAGUCUCAGAUGACGCUGGCGAUGCUUGGGUCGGCGUCGGACACGUCGAUGGACACGCCUGCGGCAAUGAUCGACAUGCUCGGUGCGAUUCCGUCGGCAUCGCCGGGGCGGCUGGCAGACAUGCGCGACCCGUACGAGUGGUCCAAGAUUGCCAACUCGAUCGACUUUUCCGAGUUUAUGGUCGACACGGCCGAGCUGCAAAAGGUUGACCUUGCUGCGCUCGGCAGCCGGGCGGCGACGAUUGCGUUCUGGAUCAACGUCUACAACAUGCUCGUUCUGCACACGCGGCUGUUGGUGGGCAAGAUGCCGACGUCUGUCUUUGCGCGCAAAUCGUUCUUCUCCAACUACAAGUACAACCUGGGCGGCCACCUGUUCUCGCUCGAUGACAUCUACCACGGCGUGCUCCGCGGCAACCCGCGGUUCCAGAUCAAGCGGCGUGACGAGCGGGUCGAGUACGUCAUCUCGGCGUACGACCCGAGGGUUCACUUUGGCGUCUCGCAGCUCAACGCGUCGUCGCCGGUCAUCCGCAUCAUGACGGCCGAGACCGUCUUCCGCAAGCUCCUCUGGGCAGCCAUCACAUACUGCAAUCGUGAGGUCUCGGUCUCGGCCGAGAAGCGCGGUGUGACGCUUCCCAAGCUCUUCUCACUCUACGCCACCGACUUUGGCCCGUUCAAGACCGACGUUUGGUCGGUGCUCGGCCUCUGGCUCAACGAGGACGUCAAAGACGUGCUCUCGUCGUUCCUCAAGACCGGCAAGUACAAGAUCUCGUACAAGGACAUGGACUACGGGCCCAAAGUGCCCGUCUUCGAGACAGACUCGGGCGCCGAGGCCUUUGCGGUCUUCUCGGCGCGGAAGGACGCCGAGAAGGCCGCGUCCGAGUCGGCGGCGCCCGGAUCGUCAGCGCCGGCUGCCGCCAAAGCCAUCGAGGUUACCGCGUCGACCGACGACGGCUCCGACGAAAUCGAGUCGGUGGUGGUGGACCUCGACGAGCUUUUUGUGGUCAAUGUGGAGGAGGAGUGGAACGAUGAGGUCCGGCCGGCCGUCGCCGUCUCCAUUGACCUCGUCACUCACCUCGGGCGCCUAGUCAAGACCUUUAUGUACGGGUGGACGUCGGUGGCCGGCUCGCGCCAGUUCCGCGACUUUGUCCUUGUCGCUGGCGAGCUGCAGAAGGUCUCGCUGGCGCCGCUCUCGGCUAACGAGCGCAAGUGCUUCUUUAUCAACAUCUACAACACGCUUGUCACCCACCUGUACAUCAUGUGCGGGCCGCCGACCUCAAUCUUCUCGCGCAAGUCGUUCUUCAAGAAGUUCAAGUACAACAUCGGCGGCUACUCGUACACGCUCAACGACAUCUACCACGGCAUUCUCCGCUGCAACCGCAAGAAGAUGUUCAAAAAGUCAGACCCGCGCCUCGCAUAUUCGAUCCCACCCGGCGACUUUGAUCCCCGCAUCCACUUUGCCUGCUCUAACCUCACCGAGUCGGCCGGCCCCGUCCGCGUCUACCACCCGGCUACCAUCGACGUCGAGCUUGACGCCCAAGUCGCCGCCUCUAUCAAGCGCGUCAUCGAAAUCAAGCCGGCUAAGAACAAGAUCUACCUGCCCAAGAUCAUCGACAUGAAUCUUUCCGACUUUGUCAAGAAGAAGGACAUGGUCUACGAUUUCUUCAAGUCCUAUCUCGACGCCGACGAUCAGGCCGCCAUCGAGGCCUUUCCCAACACCUCCAAGAAGCUGCGCGUCUGGUACCGCGACUGGCAGUGGGCGCCCGACCCGCAGUUUCUGUGCUGAGCAAAUGAAGCAAGAGAGCACAAGCAAACGCAGUCUAUCUAGUCCGUGCGCUGGCACCUGGCAUCAGAGCUCGAGUACCUCGGUCUCGUCGCGGGUGGUGGUGAGGAGCGGGAUGACGGCCUCGACGUCGGCGUAAAAGGCCGGGGUGAUG